AUGGUGGAACCAGGGACAAAAGAUCACAAUAAAACAGCUGAUCUUGAAGACACAGUUAGAAAUCUUCGAGAAGAAAACGCAAAACUCUUACAAUUGCUUCGUUCUCAAGGACUUUUAAUUGAUGCUUCAACUAAUCAAAAUGGAAAAUCCAGUGAUACCAUCUUCCCAAUAUCGAAUCAACAAAAAGAUUCAUCAAGUAUUACAUUUAACCAUUCCGAUUUGACAUUAACUACAAAUUCAUUAAGUACAACAAAUCAAACCAAUCAUCAACAUAUAAAUAAUCAUGGAUCAAUCAAUCAACAAUCUUUUAAUGGACAAACAGUACAUGGAAAUCAAUCAAAUAUAACACCAAACUUCAAUACAGUUAUACAAACAACAUCACAACCAUUCGUACAGAAUAGUUCAAAUACACUCGUACAAAACAAUACAAAUUUAAUUCAACCAAUUAAUUUAGUAAAUUUUAAUAAUGUUAGUCUAGAUUCGAUACAAUCAUUUUUUGCCUCACAAAAUAAUCUUGUUUACUUGUCUCAAACAUCAUCGUCGUCAACGACAACUACAACAGCAGCAGCAGCAACAACAACAGCAACAUCAUCUGCAAAUUCGAUUACACCAAAUACGAAUCUUGACGAAUUAUUACCGUCAAAUACACAUAGUAUUUUACCCUCAUCAUCAUUGUCAUCUGAACAGCAAAAUCAAAUAGUGGUUCGACCAAAACUAACAUUAUUACAUAAACAUCAAGAAUUAGUACCUGUGAUACCAAAAAUAAGACCAGAACAUUAUGAAAGUAUUACAAGACAGUUUUCAUCAUCAUCAAGUAAUGAUGCCAGUAAUUUAUUUGAUAAUGAUUCCAACGAUUCAAAGAAUAGAUAUCCAAGACUUAUUCGUUCUAAGACAUCAUCAAGAACAAGUUCUUUAAAAGUCUCGAGUUCCGUUGCUGCCACUGCAAAAAGAAAAUCGAUAGUAAAAAAUGCUUUUUCGUCAUCAAAAUCAUUUGCGACUAAUAAUAAAAAUUCUGCAACAGUAUCACUAUUAUCUCCAUCAUCAUCAAAAAAUUAUUUGUCAAAAUCUUCAAUAUUGGAUCACGAAAGAGAUUUACGACCACACUUGGAUCAUUCAAGAUCUUUAGAUUUAUCGAUUCCGUCAACUAAAAGCUCAUUAUUAACAAGUCUUCCAACAAUAGCAAAUAAAAAAUCUAGUAAAACUCGAAUAUGUAACAGAAAAAAGACAUCUGGAUCAACUGCGAUUGUGCCGUCACAUAGUCCAUCACUUCUACCUAUAGUACCAAAUAUUGGUCGACUAUUAGCUCCAGUAAUAGUAAACAUUCAACGUGGAGCAACAUCAAAGAAUCGUAUCAGCAAACGUUCAACAACGAACAAAAAACAAAAUAAACGUAAUAGUUCUAAAACACCUGUUCAAUAUCAUAGUGAAAGUAUUUUACAACAAAAUCCCUCGUCACCAAUGAAUUUAUUUGCUGAAUCGAUAUCUGGUCUAUUGGAAAAUCUUGAUCAGGAAUUAUUGGCAUCAAAUUUUCUACUUCACACAUCCUCAAAUGAUUUAUUGUUAGAUGAAAAUAAUUCAAUUACUUCAUCCAAUACAAAUGUGAUGCAAACAUCAGAUCAUAUCGAUUUGCGACAUAUAGGUAAUACUAAUAUACAACAUCAAGAAACUUAUCAUUCGGCAACAUCAAUGCCGACGCUAGAUGAAUUUAAUAAUCAACUUGAAAACGAUACAAUUUUAAUAACUCAAUCACGUAAUGGUUUACACACUGUGCACGGAUAUAACGUUGAAAAUGAACAUAUAACAUCAUUUAUGAGUGAAGAAGAUAUGCGUUUUGUUGAAAUGAAUUUCGAUGAAAAUAUCUUUUUAAAACAGUUCGAUUUAGAAGAUCCAGGAAUUAAACAAAGUGUUCAUUCGGAUCAAAAUCUUUUUGCAAGUAUUUUAACUAAUAAUAAUCAUAAUAAUAACAACAAUAAUAAUGACUUGUCACAAAUACAACAAAGUCAAAUCAAUGAACAAUCAGAAAAUCGUCAAAAUCAAUCACUUCCACAUCCUGCUUAUCCAGGUUCAUCAUUAAUGAAUAAUAAUAUUUUCACAACUGUUGUACAACUUGGUUCACAACGACAAGCAUUAAAACUGAAUGCAUUUAAUAAUAAUAAUAAUAACAGUGAUAGUACAAUAUCUUUAUUACCAGAAGAAGGUUUUCAAUUGACUGCACGCCAUAUUGAACCAAGUCAAGUAGCUACAUAUGAAACAGUAAAAUAUCAAGAUAUUCUUGAUGAUUUAGUAAUGGUUACAGAUCAAGAUGCGUUGCAACAUGCUCAAGCUACUGCUGCAAGUGAUCCAUCGAUUGACUCUACAGAUUUUUCAUUAGAAUUGCUUGAAGCAGCUAAUGAAAUAAUGAAAAAUACAAACAUUCAAAUAGUAGAAGAAAAUUCUUCCACAUUUACUGAAUUACAGUAUUUUUAUCCAAUUGAACAAGAACAAGCAAAUUUAGAAAAACAAUUAAAAACAAACCAAAGCAUAGAGAAAAAUCUUCCACAUGAUGAUCAACAGUCAAUUGUUAUUCUUGAAAAUUUACAAUCGGAAAUCAUGACAUCAACAAGUUUGAUACAAAAUAAUCUUGAAAAAUCUAUUACAAAUACAUCGAUUAACGAUCUAUCGUUUAUGUUAGAAUUUGAUCAAGCACAUUCACCCAUCACUGAUCAUGAUCGAUCAACAACAAAUUUAAUUACACCAAUACGACCAACGAAAAAUAUCUCACAUCUUUUGUCGUUAAACUCACCUCCUCCUCCUCCUCCGCCUCCUCUCAUUAUUACUACAACUACUAAUAACAAUAAUAAUGAUAUUAAUAUCGAUUCUCAUCUAAUAUUAUCGAAUACAUUCGAUAAUAAUCCAACAAUAUCUUAUUCGCCAAUCUCAGAUACAUUAGCAAUAUCAUCAAAUUCUUUACAGCAACAAUUGCAAACAAUAGAACCAUUAACAAUAUCAUCAAAUUCUUUACAGCAACAAUUGCAAACAAUAGAACCAUUAACAAAAUCAAGCAUAACAUUUGAUUCCAAAUCUUUGCCAUCAAAUCCUUCGUCACCAUUGAAAUGCUCUUAUCAAGAAAUGAUUAUUGAUUCAGGUCGUUUAGAUGAAUCUAAUUAUGAUAAAUUUAAUUACCUAAAUAAUAAUGAUUAUGCCAUUGAAGAAUUAUUACGUGAUACAACAGAUAAUCCAUAUGAAAUUAUGGAAAACCAAGGACAAACAUUUGUAAGAAAUCUUGAGAGUGUGGAUAAUUUUGAUGAAUUAAUUGAACAAAUUGAAAUAUCACAAGCAACCAAUCCGAAACGUGUGCAAUCAUUUGAAGACCUAUUUUCACGUUAUCAAGAGAAACAUUAUUUAAAAUUGAAACAUGAACAAAAUUUAUCAUCAAGAAAAUUUAAGCAACAACCAAUAAUAUCAACAGUUGAAUUAAAACUAUUUUCAGAACAAAUUUCCAUUAAAGAAAAUGAACCCAAUUCUCCUUUAUCAUCAAAAAUAACUGAUCAAGAAUCAAUUGAACAUCCGGCAUUAAACAUAAAAAUUCAAACAAAAGAACCAUCACCGAUUUCAGUUGAAGAUAAGAUUCAAGAUAAAAAAAUUCGUAAAGCAAAAAAGCAAAAAUCUCAUCAUCAUCAUCAUCAUCAUCAUCAAAAGAGAAAGUCAACCAAUGAACAAUCAGAAUGUGCUGGUACCACAAGUGUCGAACAACCAUUAUUACAAUUAUAUAGUCAGCCAUCUCCACUAACACCAGCUGAAACAAUAGCAAAAGAUGAAAUUUCGACAUCACCAUUACCAGCAACACAACAAUCAGAAUUAGAAUCAUUAUCUACACAUAUUCAUUCUGGUUUUAUGAUUAAUGAACAAACACCACCAUCAAGUAUAACAUCAAUGGGACAUAAACAAAGUCCACCACCAUUAUUAAUCAAUCAAACAAAAACUGAAAAAUUAAACAUGAAUUAUUCACAUUUAUUUAACUAUGACAAUAAUAAUAAUAAUAAUACUAAUACUGAUAAUAAUACUAAUGAUCAUCAAAAUAAUAACACAUUUAUAACACCACCACCUGAAUCCGAUAAUAAUAUUUCGCAACAAAAAUCAAAUACAUAUGAAAAUUUUUCCCAAUUUUCAAAUAGUCCAAAUAAGAAAAAACGUCAUCAUAGAAAAUCUAGUGUAACAAGUAGUACAAGCAGUAAAUCAUUAAAUAAUCUUGAUUAUGCUCUUGAUACACAAGAACUUGAACCUGUUUCACCAACACCAUUACCAACAUCGAAAAAACAUCAUUCGCAAAAUCAUUCAUCGUCAAAUUAUAAUCAUUCGUCGCCAAAUAAUAAUGGUUCAUCACCGCCCUAUUAUGAGCAACACCAACAAAAACAUACUAAAGAUUAUUAUUCAAGAAAAUCUUCAUCAAAUCGAUCAUCAAGAAUAGCAUCUUCACAAAUGCAUCCACAAUCACGUUCUAUAUCAAAUCAUAGCUAUCGAACAUCGCAAGAAUCAUCAUUAAUAUCUCCUACACUACCGGUAGCACCACCACCAAUACAUAUGGAUCCAUAUGCACAGCCUUAUCAUUCAUUUGUUCCGCGAGCAGGGCCACCACCAUUUUUUAAUUUUCCUUUUCCGCAUCCAUUUCUUAAUCCACACCCAACAACAUCAACAGCACAUUUUCAUCCUCAUGCUUUGAAAUAUCAUGAUCGUCAUCAUCACCCUCUUCAUCCAUCUCAUGUAUAUCCAACACAUUCGCAGCAAUAUCCCUAUCAUGCACAUUUACAAAGACAACAACAGUAUAAUAAUUCCAAUUAUAUGUCUUCUCGUGAUCAUCAUUCAUUCGACAGGUAG